CUGGAGGGAGUGAGCCUUCGGGAGGCCAGGGGUGUGGGUCCCGGGGGAAGCCGGGCCGGCCCCCUGAGAUGGGCUCCGUCUCCUCCGCGCUGGCGCGGUCCCGCAGCACGGUGGUGCAGCUGGGCUGCUCCUCGCCUCAGCCCGAGGCGCCGCUGGCCGCUCCCGCGGCUCCCAGAGACCCACUCGUGCUCCCCCGAACUCCGAAGCCGGGGCUCGGGCGCGGAGAGGCCCCCAGUCCUCCCGCUGCCUGCGGGGAGCCCCUCGCCGCGCCGCGCCCAAGGCUGGAGCGCGCGGAGACCUCCCCGGCGCCGGCGCGCGCGGAGACCCGGGCCCAGCCCCAGCACCCCCGAGCCGGCGGCCCCGACGUUGCAAAUGAAGCUGGAGACAAGAAUGCUAGACCGCUUGCCCGCUUCUCCCGGUCUAAGUCUCAGAACUGUCUGUGGAACUCCUUCAUCGAUGGGCUCACAGGGAAUGUCAAAGAGAAGCCACGACCUACAAUUGUCCAAGACCCUCGACCUCCAGAAGAAAUCCUAGCAGAUGAAUUGCCACAACUGGAUAGCCCAGAAGCCUUGGUGAAGACAUCCUUCAGGAGGAAAUACAAGAAAACGUCUCAAAGGUUGCGGUCUUUGGUCAAACAGUUAGAGAGAGGGGAAGCUUCAGUGGUAGAUCUUAAGAAGAAUCUGGAAUAUGCAGCCACCGUGCUUGAAUCUGUAUAUAUUGAUGAAACAAGGCGACUCCUGGAUACAGAAGAUGAGCUCAGUGACAUCCAGUCAGAUGCUGUGCCUUCUGAGGUCCGAGACUGGCUGGCCUCUACCUUCACACGGCAGAUGGGUAUGAUGCUCAGGAGGAGCGAAGAGAAGCCCAGGUUCAAGAGCAUCGUCCAUGCAGUUCAGGCUGGGAUAUUUGUGGAGAGAAUGUAUAGACGGACAUCAAACAUGGUUGGACUGAGCUACCCACCAGCAGUUAUUGAAGCAUUAAAGGAUGUGGACAAUUGGUCCUUCGAUGUCUUUUCCCUCAAUGAGGCCAGUGGGGAUCAUGCACUGAAAUUCAUUUUUUAUGAAUUACUCACGCGCUAUGAUCUAAUCAGCCGUUUUAAGAUCCCCAUUUCUGCACUCGUCUCAUUUGUGGAGGCUCUGGAAGUAGGAUACAGCAAGCAUAAAAAUCCUUACCAUAAUUUGAUGCACGCUGCUGAUGUCACACAGACUGUGCAUUACCUCCUGUAUAAGACAGGAGUAGUGAACUGGCUGACAGAGCUGGAGAUCUUCGCUAUAAUCUUCUCAGCUGCGAUCCAUGACUAUGAACACACCGGAACCACCAACAAUUUCCACAUUCAGACUCGAUCUGACCCAGCUAUUCUGUACAACGAUAGAUCUGUCCUGGAAAAUCACCACUUGAGUGCAGCCUAUCGCCUUCUGCAAGAGGAUGAGGAGAUGAAUAUUUUGAUUAACCUCUCGAAGGAUGACUGGAGGGAGUUUCGAACCUUGGUGAUCGAGAUGGUGAUGGCUACAGAUAUGUCUUGUCAUUUCCAACAAAUCAAAGCAAUGAAGACUGCUCUGCAGCAGCCAGAGGCGAUUGAAAAGCCCAAAGCCUUAUCCCUGAUGCUGCACACAGCAGACAUUAGCCAUCCUGCAAAGGCCUGGGACCUGCACCACCGCUGGACGAUGUUCCUCCUGGAAGAGUUCUUCAGACAGGGUGACAGAGAAGCAGAAUUGGGGCUACCUUUUUCUCCUCUGUGUGACAGAAAGUCCACCAUGGUUGCUCAGUCUCAAGUAGGUUUCAUUGAUUUCAUCGUGGAACCCACCUUCACUGUGCUCACAGAUAUGACUGAAAAGAUCGUGAGUCCAUUAAUCGAUGAAACUUCCCAAACUUGUGGAACAGGACAGAGGCGAUCUAGCUUGAAUAACAUCAGCUCAUCAGAUGCAAAGCGAUCGGGUGUCAAGAGCUCUGGGUCAGAAGGAAGUGCCCCCAUCAAUAAUUCUGUCAUCCCUAUUGACUAUAAGAGUUUUAAAGCCACUUGGACAGAAGUUGUGCACAUCAAUCGGGAGAAAUGGAGAGCCAAGGUGCCCAAAGAAGAGAAGGCCAAGAAAGAAGCAGAGGAAAAGGCUCGCCUGGCGGCAGAAGAAAAGCAGAAGGAGAUGGAAGCCAAAAGCCAGGCUGAAGAAACUAGCAAAGCUGAGAAAAAGACGUCUGGAGAAAGUAAGAAUCAAGUCAGUGGAACCCGCACAAACAAAAGUGACAACUCUCGUGGGAAGAACCCCAAAGUUGAGAAAUCACCAGGAGAAAAGCAACAGAAUGGUGAUUUGAAAGAUGGUAAAAAUAAGACAGGCAAGAAAGAUCACUCCAAUGUUGGAAAUGAUGCAAAGAAAACAGAUGAUUCAGAAGAGUAAAAAGACUCACAUACACUAAAAGAGGCUGCCAAUGUCUUGCAUCAUUUUAGCUGAGCUUCUUCAUUCUUCUUCUCCUUCUUCCACAAAGACCCUUACUGGGAAGGUGUACAACUUUCAAAAGCAAGCCCCCCUGCCCGGCUUUCUCUCAGGUCAUCUCCUCACAGGGGGUGACGACUUGGGGGUUGGCUUGAAGUGUUAGAACUCUGAGGAAUUUUCCCAUGACUAAACAAAACCACUUGGGAUUUUUGCACAAACCUGAAGGGGCUUCCUAAAAAGCCUUUGCAGAUGAUUGGGCUUUCAUGACACCUGACUGGCCUGAUGAGAAUGGACAUCCUGGGUAUGUUGGGAAAGGCCUACGAAAGCCACACACAGUAAUUGCCAUUUUAUGACUGUCACUGUCAUUACUUUAAAUGCUUUUGUUUUUGUACUGGCUACUGAUGGUGAAUAUAGCCACCCUAGCUUUCAUUACAAUGAAAAUGAUGAUUCCAAUAUCUGGAUCUGUCCUAAUUUGGAAACCAUUCAUUUUCUCCAAUUUCAGACCUAAAAAUUGUUCUUAUGCUUUUUUUCCCAUUUGUAUAAUAUGAAAUGGAUUUCAUGCUUAAUUUAUUUUAUCUGUGCAGUCAUGAAUAUAAACCUCAGUGUGUCAGCCGAUGACUAUACUGUCAAGUGGAAACUCCACUGUUUCCAUUGGGCAGCAUCUGUUACUAAGGAGUUACUGAAUCGUUGACCACUGGCUGGUCUUCUCAUCACUUUUCUUUCUUUCCUUUGUGUAAUUCAGGGAAAAGAUAAGGGAACUAGUGUCAGGGAGAUAGGUCCGAUUAUUCUAUAAAUUUUAGUGAGUCUUUUAAAACUAGUUAAGAGCUGAUUAUAGCACAAAUAAAAAAUAAGAAUAAUAGAUAUGACAGGGAAAGGGAAUAAUGAUGUAGUUUCCUGAAACAAAAUGAAAAGUGGGAUAGCUACAGUGGAAUGCAAAAAGGUGUGAUUUUUAUGAGUCUUAAGUAGUAUGAUUUGGAGAAAGUUAUUCUUACCAUGUGAUUUUGGGUCACCAAGACUAACGCACGUGAAUGUUCUGUGCUAAAUCAGGAUUAGGAAAAGAAAGAAAGUGAGCCAGAAUAUGGGCUGAAGUGUAACCCCACUGUGAUUUAAUUUCUACAUUAAAAGCACAAAAACUAUACUUAAAAGUCUCUGCAUCACGAAAGCAAAAUGUUCCCAUUUCAUGAGACAGAAAAAGGAAAGCUGGAUGUGGUCUACAAGGGCUUUGGCUCCCUGAAAUAUUUCACUAUAGAAAGAUGUGCAGAAUAGUACUGUACGGAGUACACAGUAGGGUGCUGUUGUGUGCACAAGUUGCCUCUCUCGGUCUUAUAUUUGGCUACCUGUGACACAUUUUUCCAUUGCCCUUUCUGUUUUCCUAAUUGAUCACAGUGAAUAAAUGUGUUCUUAAAUUCAAAUGACUUUAGGUGCCUAAAUAGUUCAACUAAUGAGUAAAAUAAGUCAUGUCAUCUCAUGGCUGUUGUGAGACAGGCCAUUUAUAAUGGGUUUUGGCAUCAGGGAAUAAGGAACAAUGGACACAGUGAAGAACUGACAAGGGCUGGUACUGUCAAAAGGAGGCAGCCCACAGUCAGCAGCUAGCUUUGUGCUAUGUAGGGAUGAGAGGUUCUAAUUACCUAAGUUUUUAUGUAAAUACUUUUCAAAUUUUUACAUAUUGGCAAAUAACUCAGAAACGUACACUGUGCUGGUCAAACAAAACAAGACUAUGAAUUACAUGCAAUCCAUGGGACAUAAUUUGCAAACUAUGUUUUUACAGAUGGUAUGGUUUUGUAUAGGAAUUAAAUACAGCCAAGUGUAUGUCAGCUCUUGACAUUGAAACCUGGACCUUUACCUCAUUUCUAUUCUGUAUUUUUGUAUGUGGAGCUUUUUGGCCAGCCAAAAUAGAAUGCCUGCAUCUUCCAUUUUUAUAUUCCAGUGAGCACCACUAUAUAGUAUUUUAAAAUAAAUAGGAAUAUAGCCAUUGUUUUCUAGCACCAAUAAAGAUGGAAGUGUUUUCCAUUUGCUUUAUGUCAUUAAUUAGCUAAAAAAAAAAACAAUAGGAGAAGAAUUUUAUACCAUACAGAAUUUUACCUAGAAUGCUCAGUGAGAAAAACAAAAACUCCAUGUAACUCAGUUUUAAAUCUCUUAAAGGUGUUUUGAAGGUACAUAGAGUAAAAGCGCAGAGUUAUCUGUUUAAUAAAAUACAAAAUAAUGUGUUUCUAUUAUGAAUUGCUACUAAAGAUGAUAAAACAUUAAAGUAAUUAAUGUAAAUCAGUAUCAACUGGAAAAAUAUUUCCAAAGUUCUAGCUCAUUUUCUAUGGUGUUUUAAUUCUAUUGAAACUGCUUCUCGCAAGUUGAGGGGCAAUACAGGACAAACAUUGUCCCACUGCAGUGACGGUGGCAUCAUACUCUGUUUUACACACUGCCUCAGGGCUUGUACACCUGACUCGGGAUUGACUAGAAUGUGAAAACAGAAGUAGAACCAUCCUUACUAAUAAACCACAGGUCCUAAUAAACCACAGGUUCUACGCAUCCUUAGGUAGAACCCGACAAAUGCAGUCUGCCCUUGAAUUUGCAUCUUCAUGUCACUAAACACAUACACAAAUUGUGUUCAUCUGGAAGAUUUGGUGGCAUCACAACUCAUUCUUAGGGAGGUCUGCAUUCCCUUCUUUAUUUAUGCCUAUUUUUCCUAGGUUAUGAGCCCAAUCACUUAUGGUAGAAAACAAAAGACUUACUUCUAUGUCUAACCUACUCAUUCAAAUGAACUUUUUCUUACUGUCGACAUUCUUGGAGCUUUUAAAAACUAUUGAAAAUAUUUUAUAGGAUCCUAUUAUGGAGGUAGUAUACUUAACAGUAAAAUAGUAUGAAACACCUGAAACCCAAAAAAUAAUCUAAUGAUUAUACACAUUUCAUUUGCAGAGAUUAAGGUACUAUAUUUUCCAUCUGGAACUAUGUAUUUAGUAAAUGUAAAAAUGAAAAAUAACGAGCAACACUAUCAUGGAAUAAGAAAGACAGAAGACAAAAAGAGAUGAAUAUGGAUGAAUUCUGUAAUCCGUAUUUUGGCAAUAAGGUUGCUUGACUUUUCACUAUUCUCUCUUGAAUGACUUCUUUAAAUAGAUGGAUAGGUAGAUAGAACAUAUAAUAUAUUUUCUUCUACUGUUACUUAAUAUCUGAGCAAAUACUUAGAUAAUAGAAAUUACUUUGUAGUAUUUCCCAUACCAUUUGGAUUAAGCAAAACAAAACAAAAAAGGUAGCACCUUCUCCUCAUAGGCUAGAGAAGAUUCUGAUAUAGAAAACCUAUGUAUGUGGAAUUAUAUCACAAAUAAAGAAAAUGUAGGGAAUUCCGGCAACAUUUUUUGAGAGCUUUCUUGUCCAGGUUCUGAAAUGCCCACACAAAUCACAGGAGUCAUAACAUUGGCCCAACACAGUUCCCAGUACUCAGCCAGUGUUCAGAAAACACAUAUAAAAUUAUUGAAAGUAAUUGCACUAUCCUCCUGUCAAUGCAAAAAAAAAUUUCAAAUUUACCUAGAAAAUGCACUCAACAUCUCCUCUCUUGCCAAGCUAUCACUGUUUAUGAGGCUUACAUUCUAAAUAGAUGCAGACCCACCCUGAGAAGUAGAAAAUAGUAGAUCAUUCAGGGGAAGUUGUCAAAGCCAAACAUGAAAAAUAAAUUUAAAAUGUGUAUGGCUUUCUAAUUUAAGAGAAAACAAAAACAAAGUGAAAGAAUCUUAGAACAAAACACAGUUGGUCUGAGAAUGGUGUACCAAAAAGGAUGAUGGCACGAGUCUAUAUGAAACACCAGCAGUUUUCUUAAGAGUCUUAAUUUGAAGCUUUUAAAAAUUAAAAUAGACUCUCCUGAAGCAAACAGGAAGUUCUAUAUGUGGAGCAUGAGAAACCAUUGCACAAUUCUCUUCCACCAGUAUUAAAGUGGACAUAGCCUUGAACCACAUCAAAAUUAGAUGCUAAAGAACAUAAUAUUGCAAUGUUUUAUUGGAUCUUAUUAAUGAAUAAAUAGAAAGUAAUGCUUAUAAUUCAUCAACCGUGAUUCAUGAUUAAAGACCUCAUUAUCUCUGGGAAAAUGAACUUAAUGAAAAAAUCGUAAUGAACAGCAACAAGAUUUUAUGAAACAUCCCUCUGGGAACCAAGAGACAUAUUACCUCAAGGCCAGAUUUCAGUUUUUAACACUUACUGUCUUCGAAGACACGGAGAGGCACAGAAAUGACACUGCAAUUAGAACGAAACCAGUGUGACCUAUAUUAGACAAUUUAUCUGAUUAGUAAAUAUAGGUCAAGGAAGAUUAGAAAAAUGGGACAUAGGCCUCCGGAGGUCCUCACUGGACAUUUGUAAAGGACAGGUGCUCCUCCCUAAAGGCCCAACAGGAAUUGCUUCAUUGAAAGAACUUGUUUUCACAUUAAGUAACUCUGGAAUGCAAUAGGAGCCUAAACUACAAAGUUCAAGAAAUUCAGAUUAAACCACACAGCUGAGGUGAACUGACAUAUAUCCUGGCUUCAGUUCUCAAGCAGAAGUGGGUUAACCGUGGAAAUGGUAGAGUUCACCAAAUGGAGCUGGACCUGCCUGAGUUUGCCAUUACAGAACCCAGAGAAGCACAGUGAUAUGUGGGCCCUGUCAGCUCCCUUGGUACACUUACUCAGUUCCCCUGGAGAGACCUUGCCACCCUUUCCUCUGAUAAAUGCUGGCUGAAGCUGGACACAGUAGGUGCCAUCUGGGGAACCCGUCAUCUCUGCUUUGGUCAGCUUUAGCUCUGACUCCUGUACUUUACUCUGCAUUUUUCAUGAGAACUCACUUCUGCACCUACAUUUCUCAGUUUAUGGUGCAGGGUAACUCAGUUAAAAUAAAGCCCUUUAAAACCCAAUAACUUCUAAGUAGGUUGCCCCAGAGACACAUCUUGAAAUCAUCUUUACUCCUGUCAUGAUCUAUCUUGGGGUAGGAAUUUGUAUUCUCUCCAUGUAGUUGAGGAGUUAUAUGUGUGAUGGUAUGGAGAUACAGAACAUACCUAUAUACAUGGAUUUAUAGUACAAAUCUACAGCCAUAAGUAUUGUCUAGUAACUGAUUCUAUAGAUAGAACUAUAAGAUAUAGCUUCCCCUUUUUUCUUGCUUUGAUAUUUUUAUAUAAUUUUAUAUACUGUUAAAUUUUUAAAUAUAUACUUUCUAUGUUCAUUUGUAGAGCUCAAUUUUGUUUCUGUCAGCUUUUUUUGCCUGCUGUACAGCCAGAUUCUUCCCAAAGAUCACCACCUAAUUUAAAUAUCUUUACUGUUUCAUAUCCUUAUAUUUACCCUUUCCUUCUCACGUUUUUCCACAUUUCCAAAAGUUCUCCAGUUACCUUUGUCCAGGUAAACCAUUCUGCUUACAGUAUCAUUUUAAUACACAGAAGUGCAAAAUAAUGGGGGGAAGGUAUCACUUUCCAGUGAAACCCAUAUGAAGGAGCGUUGUGUCUCCAUGGCAGGACAGGGGUAGGUUGGGAGCAAAGAAUAGAUUGGUGAAAGGAAGCAAGAAUAAGGAAAUAGUUAUGAGAGCUCACUUGCUCAAAGAAAAGUGAGUCACUUUGAGGCCUAUAACACAGUUAUCUUCCCUUAGUGCAGAGUGUAAUUUUUACUGUCACAGGUUUUUCUGCUUAGCAUGUUAUGCCCUCACCAGGGGACUGUAACCUGUCACCUGUAAGGGUUCCGGCCAGAUGUGAAUGGAAAACCUCCUCAGCCUUAGAUUUUACUGCAUUGCAGAUCGGAAUUAAUGCCACAAAUGUUCAGUAAGAUUCAAAAGAGAAAGGCAAGCAGAACCAAAAUUCCAAACUACCACCCAGAUCAUGCUGAAUACAUAGUUCUUUGGAAGAACAAGGAAGGGAUCUCUGAAUAUGUUCCUCAAAUGCUCUUCCAAACAGAAAGGAGAGAUGGACUUUAUUAACCGCAGUGAUAUUAUAUACUUCCACAAUGUGAAAUAUGCUCUGGCAAAAAUUUUUUUUUUUCUGCUCACAGUUUAUGUUCAUACAUCAGAGGGCAAGAGAAUGACUGUCCACUCUGAGGAAGUGCUCUGUUUCCUAGGACGCUGCUAUGUAUUAGAACAACCUAUUCAAAUGCCAUAGCUUCAUUUCUCCAAAUGAAAAGUUUAAUUAUAAGGACUCAUGUCAAACAGUUUGCUAAGAUGCUGUCAAAGAAUUAAAGUUGUGUUUAUUGUAAAUCUUUAUUUCACAAAUGAGCCGGAAAGUCAUAGAAUGUAUAAUUUCCCUCCAGCAUCAGUAAUGAAUAAGUACUUGUAUGUUCAUCUUCUGAUUACUAAAUAAAACAAUGAAUUAAGCUCUUAAUUGGAAAUUGAAAAA